GCUCUGCUUCCCGUCGAAGGUCUAGUUCUUCUUCAGCAGAUCUCUAUCAGAGAACCACAGUUACACAUUAACCUGGCAGGGAGCGACAGGUGUGCAGCUCAGGUGAAGCCUUGCUGAGCUGCAGUCAGUCGGUGUGAGGAUGAAGAUGAGGCUGGAACUCCUCCUGGUCGUCACAGCGCUGAUCUGUGCUGCCGGCAAGCCGCUGAGCAAGGCAGCGGCCAGGAACAAGCUGCUGCUGAUCUCCUUCGACGGCUUCAGGUGGGACUACGACCAGGAUGUGGACACGCCCAACCUGGACCAGCUGGCUGUGGACGGGGUGAAGGCCAAAUACAUCACCCCCCCGAUGCUGACCAUGACCUCCCCGUCCCACUUCACCACCAUCACAGGCAGGUGGGUGGAGGAUCACGAGGUCGUCCACAACAUGAUGUUUGACACCAAGACCAACCUAAAAAUUCCUCACAAACUGGCUCUGACCCGAUCAGAGUGGUGGGACAACGGAGUCCUGCCGCUAUGGAUCACAGCUCAGAACCAGGGUCUGAAGACCGCCUCCUUUUACUACCCGGGAGGUGGCGCCAACUACAGCGGUCAGGCGGUGAACCGAGUGCUGGUGGAGGCACCAGGCCACCCAGAUGACAACGAGACCGAGUGGCAGCAGAACAUUGACACGGUGAUGAGCUGGUUCUCUGAGGAAGACUUCCACCUGGUGACGCUGUACUACGGCGAGCCUGACAACGUGGGCCACGCCAAGGGCCCGGAUCACCCGGACAGGAAGAAGAUCAUCCAGCAGAUCGACCGCACCAUCGGCUACCUGAGGGAGGCCAUUGAUCGGCAUCACCUGACCGACAGCCUGAAUGUCAUCAUCACCUCCGACCAUGGCAUGACCACCAUCAAGAAGCGGCCGCAGGUGGAUGAGAUCAUCCUCAAUAAAUACCUGAAUUUACUCAAACUCGCCAGCUUUGAGAUCCUUGACUACGGCGGGUUUGGCAUCCUAACGCCACGGCCAGGGAAGGAGCAGGAGGUUUUUGAUGCUCUGUCCAACGCACCCAAUCUGACGGUCUACAAGAAAGACCAGAUCCCAGAGAGCUUCCAUCUUGGCAAAAGUCAGCGGUUGCCUCCCAUCGUGGUUGUCGCAGAUCUGGGAUUCAACCUGAACUCCAGAUUCAUCGUGUACGUCAACAAAGGAGACCACGGCUUCCAUAACGGAGAGAUGGACAUGAAGACCAUCUUCAGGGCCUUCGGACCCGACUUCAAGAGCAACUUCCUGUCCGAGCCGUUCGACAGCAUCCACAUCUACCCUCUGAUGUGUAAACUGCUGCAGGUCCAACCAGCGCCGCACAACGGAUCGCUGACGGUGACCGAGAAGAUGCUGCUGCACAGCGGUGGAUCACAGAAAACUCCAGUGUCUGCUGCUCUGCUGCUGCUCAUGCUGCUCGUGCUCUCUGUGCUGUAACAGAUCCAGGAUCAGCUUCAGCCCAUCUCAAACGUGGUUUCUUAGGUUUUAAUCUUGUGGACCAUCGCUGUGUUCUGACUUCAGAACAGGAUAUGUAGCUGAAUUCUUG